CACAACUAACUCUUCCUCUUCACACUGAAUCUGAAACUAACCACAGUGGUGGCGCUGUGGUCUUCAAACUCUUCUUCUUUCACUUCCUCUUAGAUCUCUCGCCACCGUAAUCCAAUGGCCGGUAAAGGAGAAGGUCCAGCGAUCGGUAUCGAUCUCGGAACCACCUACUCUUGCGUCGGUGUCUGGCAACAUGACCGUGUUGAAAUCAUCGCCAACGACCAAGGUAACAGGACCACCCCGUCCUACGUCGCCUUCACUGACACCGAACGUCUCAUCGGUGAUGCCGCCAAGAACCAGGUCGCCAUGAACCCCAUCAACACCGUCUUCGAUGCGAAGAGGUUGAUUGGUAGAAGAUUCAGUGAUGCCUCUGUUCAGAGUGAUGUGAAAUUGUGGCCAUUUAAGCUCAUUCCUGGACCUGCUGAUAAGCCGAUGAUUGUGGUUGACUACAAGGGUGAGGAGAAGCAGUUUGCUGCGGAAGAGAUCUCUUCUAUGGUGCUUACCAAGAUGCGUGAGAUUGCCGAGGCUUACCUUGGUGUUACUAUUAAGAAUGCUGUUGUUACUGUGCCUGCUUACUUCAAUGACUCUCAGCGUCAAGCGACCAAGGAUGCUGGUGUUAUUGCUGGUCUUAAUGUCAUGAGAAUUAUCAAUGAGCCUACUGCUGCUGCCAUUGCUUAUGGUCUUGACAAGAAGGCAACCAGCGUUGGUGAGAAGAAUGUCUUGAUCUUUGAUCUUGGAGGUGGUACCUUUGAUGUUUCUUUGCUGACUAUUGAAGAAGGUAUUUUUGAGGUGAAAGCAACAGCUGGAGACACUCAUCUUGGUGGUGAGGAUUUUGACAACAGGAUGGUGAACCACUUUGUUCAGGAGUUCAAGAGAAAGAACAAGAAGGACAUCAGCGGUAACCCCAGAGCACUCAGGAGGUUGAGGACAGCCUGUGAGAGGGCGAAGAGAACUCUGUCAUCUACUGCCCAGACCACAAUUGAAAUUGACUCUUUGUAUGAGGGAAUUGAUUUCUACUCCCCCAUUACUCGUGCCAGAUUUGAGGAGAUGAAUAUGGAUCUCUUCAGGAAAUGUAUGGAGCCUGUUGAGAAGUGUUUGAGAGAUGCAAAGAUGGACAAGAGGAGUGUCCAUGAUGUAGUCCUUGUUGGUGGUUCUACAAGAAUUCCAAAGGUUCAACAACUUCUGCAAGAUUUCUUCAAUGGAAAGGAGCUGUGCAAGAGCAUUAAUCCUGAUGAGGCUGUUGCUUAUGGCGCUGCUGUUCAGGCUGCAAUCUUGAGUGGUGAGGGUAAUGAGAAGGUUCAAGAUCUUCUCCUUCUCGAUGUUACCCCUCUCUCACUUGGUUUGGAGACUGCUGGUGGUGUCAUGACUGUCUUGAUCCCUAGGAACACUACAAUUCCAACUAAGAAGGAACAGGUCUUCUCAACAUAUUCUGACAACCAGCCUGGUGUUUUGAUCCAGGUCUUCGAAGGUGAGAGAACAAGGACUAGAGAUAACAAUUUGUUGGGAAAAUUUGAACUUUCAGGCAUUCCUCCUGCUCCCAGAGGUGUUCCCCAGAUUACAGUGUGCUUUGACAUUGAUGCCAAUGGUAUCUUGAAUGUCUCUGCUGAAGACAAGACCACCGGCCAAAAGAACAAGAUCACCAUCACCAAUGACAAGGGUAGACUAUCCAAGGACGACAUUGAGAAGAUGGUUCAAGAGGCUGAGAAGUACAAAUCUGAGGAUGAGGAACACAAGAAGAAGGUCGAGGCCAAGAACGCCUUGGAGAACUAUGCAUACAACAUGAGGAACACCGUGAAGGAUGAGAAGAUUGCAGGAAAGCUUGAUUCAGCUGACAAGACAAAGAUCGAGGAUGCAAUUGAGCAGGCCAUCCAGUGGCUAGAAAGCAACCAGCUUGCAGAGGCAGAUGAAUUUGAGGACAAGAUGAAGGAAUUGGAAAGCAUCUGCAACCCAAUCAUCGCAAAGAUGUACCAGGGUGGUGCUGGUGGUCCUGAUGUGGGUGGUGCAGCUGAGGAAGAGUAUGCUCCUAGUGGUGGAAGUGGUGCUGGCCCCAAGAUUGAGGAAGUCGACUAAAUCUAGUUGCUUUUUACCUGGUUGUGCUGCAUGAUUUAUAUUUUCAAGUUACGUGUUUUAUCUGCAUGAUUUAUAUUUUCAAGUUACGUGUUUUAUCUAUUUUUCGUUUGAAUUGAACUGGUUGGUCUCGAUUUGAAUCUGAGACCUUUUUCGUACUAUUUGCUUAUGUCAGGUCACUUUACUUUUGACAAUUGUUAUUGUUUGAUGCAUUUCAAUUGGACGGAGGGUAAUAUUUAUCUA